CUGCCGCUCAGCUCUGUGGCAUGUUUGAUUGGCUCGCUUGGGCUCGACCGGCUUUUGCAGGGUCUUGAGCGGCGCUCGCUCAGGCGCUUUCCGGGAAAAUGGCGGUCGAUGCUGGCGCGGUGGCAGCAGCGAUGGAUGCGGCAGAGAAAGUGCGAGGGAAAUAUGCCGCACUCUCCUUCGCCACGAUCGCCAUUCUGGUGGGCUUGCCGCUGUGGUGGAAAACGACAGAGACCUACCGGGCUUCACUGCCUUACACGGAGAUUGCCGAAUUGGACACGCUGCUGUUCCAGCUGACGGUGCCCAUGUCGGUGGUGUUUGCCAAAGGGACUCUGCUGGCGGGCCAGGAGCGGAAGCUUCCAUUCAGAAACACGCAGGAGACGGAGAUGCUCCUGAACUCCAAGACCAGCGUGACAUCCCGCUACGAGGUGUCCUAUCGCCAGGCCACUCCUCAGGAGGAGAAGGCCCUGUUGCUGGCUUCGGUGCAAGAGGCAGACGAUCAGCUCUCACCGGCUCAGGGAGCACCAGUGGGCUCGCUCACCGUCUAUGUGAUCCCGCAGGGCUCUCGCCUUCUGCCACAGGAGUCCGACAUGUACAUCGGCAAGCAUCGUAGUGCCGUGGUCAGGGCCCCGCCGGCUGCAAAAGACACACUGCUGGCAGUGGACGCUCAAGUGCAGCAGGUGGCCGAGGUCAUGUCCUGCACUGCUGAGUCCCUCAUGGGGGCCCUCUCGGACCGCGUCCCCAUGGGCCAGCCGGGGGCUGAGUGGAAGCGGCCUUUCAAAUCUAGUUUGGGGUAUGAAAUCACCUUCAGCUUGUUGAACCCCGACCCGAAAGCCCACAGCCUCCACUGGGACAUCGAAGGAGCCAUCAGUCGCUACGUGAAACCCCUGCUGGACAAGUUGAACUCGGUGGCGGAGUUCUCCGUAGACUCACAGAUCCUCUAUUAUGCUGCGUUGGGGGUUACGCCUCGUUUUGACGCGCCUUCCUCCAGUUACAUCCUGAGUGCUCACAGCCUCCCACACGUCAUUAACCCCGUGGAAGCCAGGCUGGGCUCCAGUGCUUCCUCUCUCUACCCUGUGCUCAACUUCCUGCUGUACGUGCCGGAGCGUUCCCACUCCCCUCUCUACAUCCAGGAUAAAGACGGAGCGGCUGUGCCCACGAACGCUUUCCACAGCCCACGCUGGGGUGGGAUCAUGGUGUACAAUGUUGAGCCUGAAGCUGCCAACGAGACCUUUCCACGGCACGUGGAUGUGGACCUGGUGCAGGUGAUGCAGGUCUUCCUGGCCCAGCUGCGGCUGCUGUUUGGGAUUUUGCCGGGGCCACUCCCAGAAAAGGCCCUGCUGGAGAACUCUGGGAAUGAGGGCCUCUCGGACUGGGAACUGGACCGCCUGCUGUGGACCCGCACCGUUGAGAACGUGGCCACCGUGUCCACCACCCUGACGUCCCUGGCGCAGCUGCUGGACCGUAUCAGCAACAUUGUGAUCAAGGACGACGUGGCAUCUCAGGUAUACUAUGCUGUGGAAUCGGCCCAGAAAGCGAUGCGAGAACUCGAACUAGGCCACUUGGACUCCGCCUUCCAGGCCAGCAAAGAUGCCGUCACUUCCUCCGAACGGGCUUUUUUUGACCCCUCCCUCCUCCACCUCCUCUAUUUCCCCGACGACCAGAAGUUUGCCAUCUACAUCCCGCUCUUCCUCCCCAUGGCUGUCCCCAUCCUGCUUUCCCUGGUGAAGAUCCUCCGGGAGAGCAAGCAGAGGAAGAAGGUGCCCACGAAAACGGACUGAGCAACUGCCCCUCCUGGUGCCGAUUGAGGACAGCUUUGCUCCCGUGGGGAUUUUGGAAGUUUGGGAAGCAGGGAUCAGAGAGGGAGGGACUGGAAAUCAAAGGUGGCACUUUAUGCUCCUCAGAGGCCAGAGUUGCCUCUUAACAGGGAUUCCCAGAUGGUGAUGACUACAACUCCCAUCAUCCCCUGCUGAACGGCCUCUGGCUGAGGGUGAUAGGAGUUGUAGUCAGCAGAAAAUCCCUCUUACAGAGAACCCUUGUUGGGAGCUAUUGACUCCUUAUCCCCAUAGAGUGGAUUUGGGGUACUGGAAACCCCCCCCCCCCAGCCCAGGGAAAUGGUGCUGUCCUGAUUCACGGAUGCUCUUGAAAUCGACUUGGAAGGGUGCCGUUGGCUUGCUUGAAAGGCUGGGGCACUGCCUCUUGGGACUCUCUCUUCUCCAAAUCUUUGGGGGAAGAGGGAUGCUGGCAGAAGCCUGUCUGGCCUACCUGUGGGGAUGGGGUCCCUUUCUGUGAAAGCACUUCUUGGUUGUUGAAUAAACAUCAGUGGCUGAA